GGUUUCUUGUUUUAGCAUGGCGGAACUUGCUGUUCACAGAAUCCUUCUUUUGGUUAUUUCACUGACAAAGUGCCUGGAGGGUACAAAACUGCUGGCAGAACUUAAAAAAUGUGGUGACCUGGAAUGUGAAACUUUAAUAAGCAGAGUUGUAGCCAUGAGAGAUUACACAGGACCUGAUUGCCUAUUCCUGAACUUCACUAAGGGAGAAGAAAUAUCUGUUUAUGUUAAACUUGCAGGACAAAGAGAAGAUUUGUGGGCAGGAAGUAAAGGAAAGAACUUUGGGUUUUUUCCCAGAGAUGCAGUCCAGAUUGAAGAGGUAUUCAUAUCUGAAGAGGUUGAAAUAUCAACUAAAGAAUCUGACUUUCUUUGUCUCCUUGGAGUAAGUUACAUAUUUGAAAAUAAAGAUAGGGAGUUUAACAGUUACAGUGGUGAAAAUAUGUAUCCAUAUGAAGAAGAGCAAAAAUAUAGUAUAUAUGGAAGUGAUUUCCAGAUAGAAUCUGAAUUUUAUGCAUUUUCUGACGGCCAAUUUCCCACAUCAGAGUCUUCUAAAGAUAUUAGAAAUGAUUGGGAAGAAGCCAAAACUGGAAGUGUGAAACAGGAUCACGUUCCAGAAGUGGAUCAUAUCUCAUCACCCUUAACUGAAGUACAAGGAUGGUUUGGACUGAGAAAGGAACAUGGUGAAGAAAAGGCUCUUGAAUCAGUCACUGAACCUGUGCAAGGAAGCUCAUUUCAAAGUAGAAAAAUAACAGUGGAAGAUGAAAAUAACCUAGAGGAAUUAAAUAAUGGUGAGCCCCAAACUGAACAUAAGCGAGAACCUGAAUCAGAAUUUGAUUCAGGACCAAAGGAACAGUUGGCACUAGCACUGGAGUCAGAGCAUGUACUCAAACCCCAAGCCAAUGGUUGGUUUGGUGGUGAAUUCACAAGUAAAUCUGUCCACGAUAAUGAACAGGAAAUAAAAGUGAUAAAAACUAUGGAAACAGAGGAUCAAAUAGAUAAGGAAAAAGUCUUAGAGAAAACAGAUGGUUCUUACACCAUAGCAUAUUUUACAAAGUUAUUCUAUAAUUUUGAUAACCCUUGGAGCUUCCAGAACAUUCCAAAGGAAACAGAGUUGCCAUUUCCCAAACAGAUACUGGAUCAAAGUAAUAUGGUUGAAAAUAAUGAAAGAGAAGAAUUUUCUGGAGAAAAUGAUCCUAUAGAUAAUAUGAAAGAUCUCACAAUGUUGAAAAACAGAUAUUAUCAAUCAGAUAUGAUGGCUCAAAUAAAGUUACCUAUGAAAAUUCAUGAAGAAGUAUUUUUUGAAACCUCAUCUUCUAAAAAUGAUGAAAAAUCAAAACCAUCAGUGGACUUUGAAGGGUCUGCUCAGGUGGAAAUAGACAGAUCCAUGGAAAAUCCCCUGUUAAACAGCCAGAUGGUUUUAACUGAUUGCUCUUUGUCUUCUCAAAAUUACAUUCCUCUAAAUGAAAAUGCUACUGAGUUUCAGAUUCUGAAAUACAUAUUUCAAAUUAAUGUUUAUGAGUUCGUGAAUUCUGCACUUUCACUGGUUAUAAUUCUUACAGAAAGGGUUGUGGAAACAUUGCCUGAAGAUAUGAGACCAGGCCCUAAUCCUUAUGGCCUUCCGUGGGAGUUGGUGAUAUAUGCAGCUAUUGGAUUUUUAGCUAUUCUCUUGUUUUUGUGGAGAAGUUUUAAAUCUGUUAGAAGCCGGCUUUACAUAGGAAGAGAAAAAAAGCUUGCUCUAAAACUUUCUGGACUAAUUAAAGAAAAAUGUGAACUACUUGAAAAAGUUAGCCUUGUUCAAAAAGAGUAUGAAGGCUUAGAGUCAUCUUUAAAGGAUGCCAGUUUUGAGAAGGAGUCAACAGAAGCACAAAGUUUGGAGGCAACAUAUGAAAAGCUGGAUAGGUCCAAAUCUAAACUUGAGGAUGAAAUACUCUUUCUAGAAAAAGAGCUAAAAGAAGAGAAAUCUAAACAUUCUGAACAGGAUGAAUUGAUGGCAGAUAUAUCAAAAAGGAUACAGUCCCUAGAAGAUGAAUCAAAAUCUCUCAAAUCACAAAUAGCUGAAGCUAAAACAACCUUCAAAAUAUAUCAAAUGAAUGAAGAACGACUUAAGGUAGUAAUAAAAGAGGCUUUGAAUGAAAAUUCCCAACUUCAGGAAAGUCAGAAACAGCUUUUGCAAGAAGCUGAAGUGUGGAAAGAACAAGUGAGUGACCUUAAUAAACAGAAAAUUACAUUUGAAGAAUCUAAAGUACAUGCAGAACAAGUUCUAAAUGAUAAAGAAAAUCACAUUAAGUCUCUGAUUGAACGCUUGCUAAAGAUGGAAGACUGGGGUGCUGUGCUUGGAGAAGACCCAACAGAUGAUGAUAACUCGGAAUUGGAAAUGAACAGUGAAUCAGAAGUUGGUGCUUACUUAGAUAAUCAGCCAAAAGGAGCUUUGAAGAAAGUGGUUUAUGCUGCUAAGUUAAAUGCCUCCUUAAAAACCUUAGAAGGAGAAAGAAAUCAAAUUUAUACUCAAUUAUCUGAAGUAGAUAAAACAAAGGAAGACCUUAUAGAACAUAUUAAAAAUCUUCAGACUGAGCAAGCAUCUUUGCAGUCAGAAUAUACACAGUUUGAAAGUGAGAAUCAGAAGCUUCAGCAGAAACUUAAAGUAAUGACUGAACUAUAUCAAGAAAAUGAAAUGAAACUCCAUAGGAAAUUAACAGUAGAGGAAAAUUACCGGUUAGAGAAAGAGGAGAAGCUUUCCAAAGUGGAUGAAAAGAUCAGCCAUGCAGCUGAAGAACUGGAGACCUAUAGAAAGAGAGCCAAAGAUCUUGAGGAAGAAUUGGAGAGAACCAUUCAUUCUUAUCAGGGGCAGAUUAUUUCCCAUGAGAAAAAAGCACAUGAUAAUUGGUUGGCAGCUCGGGCAGCUGAAAGAAACCUUAAUGAUUUAAAGAAAGAAAAUGCUCACAACAGACAAAAAUUAACUGAAACAGAGUUUAAAUUUGAACUUUUAGAAAAAGAUCCUUAUGCACUUGAUGUUCCAAAUACAGCAUUUGGCAGAGAGCAUUCCCCAUAUGGUGCCUCACCAUUGGGUCGACCUUCAUCCGAAACGAGAGCUUUUCUCUCUCCUCCAACUUUGUUGGAGGGUCCACUCAGACUCUCACCUUUGCUUCCAGGGGGAGGAGGAAGAGGCUCAAGAGGCCCAGAGAAUCCUCUGGACCAUCAGUUUAGCAAUGAAAGGGGAGAAUCAAGCUAUGAUAGGUUAACUGAUCCUCAUAGAGCACCUUCUGAUACUGGGUCCUUGUCACCUCCAUGGGAACAGGAUCGUAGGAUGAUGAUUCCUCCACCAGGUCAACCAUAUUCUGAUCCACCUCUUCCUCCACAAAGGCAAGAUAGAUAUUAUUCUAAUUCUGGUAGAUUAUCUGGACCAGCAGAACUCAGAAGUUUUAAUAUGCCUUCUUUGGAUAAAGUGGAUGGGCCUAUGUCUUUAGAAAUGGAAUCCAGUACAAAUGAUACCAAAGAUGAUCUUGAUAAUUCAAAUGUGCCUGAUUCAUCUCUGCCUGCUGAAAACCAAGCAACUGGCUCUCGCUUUGGUUUUUCACCUCUUCCUCCAAUCCGAGGUCCAUUGUUUCCAGUGGACCCAAGGAGUCAUUUCAUGAGAAGAGGACCUUCUUUUCCUCCACCUCCUCCACCUCCAGGAAACAUGUAUGGAGCAUCCAGAGAUUAUUUUCUACCUGGCCCACCACCCCCUCUAUUCCCAAUGAGAAAUGCUUAUUCACCGAGGGGUUUUCCUCAUUUUCUUCCCCCAAGAGCUGGAUUUUUCCCCUCACCCCCACAUUCUGAAAGUAGAAGUGAGUUCCCUUCAGGGUUGAUUCCGCCUUCAAAUGAGCCUGCUACUGAACAUCCAGAACCACAACAAGAAACCUGACAAUAUUUUUGAUCUCUCUUCAAAAUGGCAAAAGACAGAAGAUUAAAUAUUCUUGAACCACAGCAGUGAUGCAUUUAUAAUUGGAACACUUCAUGCUAGCAUUUCUCAGACGUUAUUUGGAACCCUGGUCUUGUGAAGUAUUUCUUUUCUUCUUCCAUUACCAUCCCCACCUUAGAGAAAAAGGGUAGAAAGAAAGAUUGGGUAAAUCUUGGGUAAAAUAAAUGCUUUGGGUAAAAUAUUAAGUGAAAUGAGAACUGUAGAAACAUGAUUACAUUAAAGUUUGUUUGCUGUGGUCUAAAUGUGUCCCUUCAAAAUUCAUGUUGAAAUUCUAACCCCCAAGGUAUUAGGUGCUACACACCAGAAUGCUGACUCAGUGACGUAAAACAAGUCAGGUGAGAAAACAGACAGGAAAGGCUUUUAUUAGUCCUUCUCCUAAGAGAAGGGAGAUACAGCACUGACUGGAGAGUGUCAGGCUGGUUUCCCUAGUAAAAGAGAGCCAGUUUUAUUCUGGUAAAAGGGCUGUUUGCAUAAGGCUAAGGUUUAGAAAUAUUAAUUAGAUUUAGGUACAUUUCACAGGUGUGUUUUUCUUUUUCUAUGAGUGUACUGUAACUCUAAGAAAGGCAUGGUCAGUUGUCCUGAAGUCAGAUGUAAGUUUUUUAUAUCAGUGCCACAUUCUGUGUAAACAUCUCUGUCUUGUGAUGAAUUGCUAUAGCUGUUAAGAGAACACAUAAGUGGGAAAUAGAAGAGAGCAUAAAUCAUGGCAAAUAACAAGGGCCCUAGGAAUGUCCUGUUUUGAUGGCUCCUCAAUUUUUAUCUUUUAUGUUGUUUGUCCUUGAAGAGUCAUGGCAAGAGCAUCCUGGCCCAGAGAUACACCAGGUCUUUGAAGCUGAUAAGGCUGUUCUUAGGGUGGUGGGCAAGGCACAUAAAAGCAUUUAAUAGCUAACAAUCUAUGAAUUAAGGUAGGAGAGCAUAGGAAUAAACUUAUUGUCUUUAAUGUCUGUCAAGUCAUGAGUUAUGGUGCUCUCUAACUGUCUGAGUAUUAAGAGUUAGUGGCUCUUGGGAUAGAAUUGAGUCAUUAGGGUGGAACCCUCAGAAAUGGGAUUUGUGCCUUUAUUUAAAAAGGCCCAUGGGAGUGUUAUAGAUUGGAUAUGAAGUAUCUUCCAAAAAGUUUAUGUGUUAGAAACAUGAUAUGUAACACAGCAAUGGUCAGAGGUGAAUAUUUAGAUUAUGAGAGCCAUAAACUGAUCAAAGUAGUAAUUCGAAUGGAUUGCUGGAUAGUAACUGUGGACAGAUUGGGUCUGGCUGAAGGAAGUAGAUCACUGGGGGUGUUCACUUUGGGAUAUUUUGUCUGUAAUUUCUUAUGUGUGCCCCCCACCCCGGUCUCUCUUUCCCUCUCUCUGUUUCUUGGUGACCAUAAACUGAGCAGCUUUCCUCCUCCAUCAUGAUGUUCUCUCUCACCUUGGGCCCAGAGCAAUGGAGUUGGCUGACCAUGGACCAAACUCCAGAAAUCAUGAACCCUAAAUAAACUUGUUCUCUUAA